AUGCCGUCUCUAUACUCGUCUGCUUCAACCCCGUCGCUGCGGUCGCACGAUGGACCGGUCAAGAUGGACGGGGGAGGCAAUGUCCGAGUCGUCGUCCGAGUUCGGGCGUUUCUGCCCAGAGAGAUUGAACGCGGUGCCGAGUGCCUGGUAGAGAUGGACCCCAUCACCCAGCAGACGACAUUGCUUGUGCCCAACGACGACGACCCUGCGAAUGCGAAGGCGAAGACCAGAAAGAUCAUCGAGGAGAAGUCGUUCACAUUCGACAAUUCGUUCUGGAGUCACGACAUCAAUGACAAGUACUACGCGCACCAGGAAGAGGUCUACAACAGCCUGGGCGAGGAGUUUCUCGAUCACAACUUCGAAGGCUACCACACAUGCAUCUUUGCCUACGGCCAGACAGGUUCCGGCAAGAGUUACACGAUGAUGGGCACUCCCGACCAGCCAGGCUUGAUACCUCGAACGUGCGAGGAUCUCUUCGAGCGUAUUGAGGCUGCGCAGAACGAGACGCCCAACAUCUCCUAUAACGUCAGAGUCUCCUACUUUGAGGUGUACAAUGAGCACGUCCGCGACCUGCUGGUCCCGGUUGUGCCCCACCAGCCACCUUACUAUCUCAAGAUCAGAGAGUCGCCUACGGAGGGGCCGUACGUGAAAGAUCUGACCGAGGUGCCGGUCCGAAAUUUGAACGAGAUACUACGGUACAUGACCAUGGGAGACAGGUCGAGAACUGUGGCCAGCACCCGAAUGAACGACACAAGUAGCCGCAGCCACGCGGUCUUCACCAUCAUGCUCAAGCAGAUCCAUCACGAUAUGGAGACGGACGAGACGACGGAGCGCAGCUCGCGCAUUCGACUGGUCGAUCUAGCGGGCAGCGAGCGUGCCAAGGCAACCGAGGCGACGGGCCAGCGACUUCGCGAGGGUAGCAACAUCAACAAGUCGCUGACGACGCUCGGUCGAGUGAUAGGAGCGCUCGCCGAUGCGAAGCCGGGCUCGAGGAAACGCAGCAAGGACGUUGUCCCGUACCGAGACUCGAUCCUCACGUGGCUGCUGAAGGACUCACUGGGCGGCAACAGCAAGACGGCCAUGAUCGCCUGCAUCGCGCCGUCGGACUACGAAGAAACCUUGUCGACGCUUCGCUACGCAGACCAGGCCAAGCGGAUCCGCACGCGUGCCAUCGUCAACCAGGACCAGAUCUCGUCGGCGGAACGCGACGCCCAGAUCGUGGCCAUGGCGGAGGAAAUCCGCGUGCUCCAGUUGUCGGUGUCGGAGUCGCGGCGGCGGGAGAAGGACACUAAGGAGCAGGAAGAGAAGCUGGAGGAAUACCAGAACCACGUCGCGACGAUGCAGCGCAUGAUGGAGGAGCGCAGUCUCGUGGCGGAGGGCAAGAUCCGCAGCCUGCAGACGGAGAACGAAGCGCUUCGACUGCACCUCAAGCUUGCGCUCGAGAGCCUCAAGAACCCGAUCCCAGCCGUCACGAUCAAGUCACCGCAGCCGGAGGGAGCAGAAGGCGAGACUCAAGGGGACAGAUCGGCGGCGUCAGGGGACAAGGACGACGCAGACGAUGGCGAGUCAUUGUACGACGACUCAGACGACACGGCGUACGACUCGGACGUCAUGGAGGACAGUGCCAAUGACAUGCAGGAAUACAUGCGCAGCCUGCUGAGCGAUCUGGGCAUGUUCCGCCGGAAGAUUGGAGAUGACAAGGAGCGCUGGGUCGGGGAGAAUGCGGCCUUGGCGGGUAAGGUGGGUGUCUAG